UUUUUAUAAGAUAUUUUUAGUUUUGUAGCUUUUAUAAAAGGGAUUUGUGCAUAUUUUGAAUACUUUUUAUUUUCAACUUUCAUAAUUUUAAUUUUUACCUACAUCUCGGAGACGUCUCGACGUAUCGCUCCUUCACGAGAAUUUAAAAACUCUAUCAAAUCUUGUAACGAGAAAUGCGUGAAAUCGUUCAUAUUCAGCUAGGCCAGUGCGGAAACCAAAUUGGUGGAAAAUUUUGGGAAGUGAUUUCUGAUGAACACUGCAUAGAUCCCUGUGGUUGCUACUAUGGAGAUAGUGAUUUGCAGUUAGAACGAAUAAAUGUUUAUUAUAACGAAGCUACAUCCGGAAAGUUCGUGCCUCGAGCUGUACUCGUUGAUUUAGAACCAGGUGCAUUAGAUUCUGUGCGAUCUGGCCCAUUUGGUGGAAUAUUUCGACCUGAUAACUUCGUGUUUGGUCAUUCGGGAGCAGGAAAUAAUUGGGCAAAAGGUUUUUACACAGAAGGCGCUGAAUUUAUUGAUUCUGUCUUAGAUGUAGUAAGAAAGGAAGCGGAAGGAUGUGAUUGUUUACAAGGAUUUCAAAUUGUUCACUCGCUUGGAGGUGGAACAGGGUCAGGCUUAGGAACACUUGUACUUUCAAAACUUAAUGAGGAGUUUCCAGAUCGAGUUUUGCUAACUUUUUCAGUUUAUCCUUCUCCCAAAGUUUCUGAAACAGUUGUUGAGCCAUAUAACUGCACAUUAAGCUCUCAUUAUUUAAUUCAGCAUGCGGAGCAAACAGUAUGUAUUGACAAUGAGGCAGGAAUGCCAGUUCGUGAAGGUUAUGUGUCCCCAAAUGGGCAGUAA